AUGUCCCUUGAUUCGAGCAAGAUCUCCAUCGUUUCGGCGAAAAAAGUGGACCCGAAGAAGCUAAUCGAGGUCGGGGAUCGCCUCCCGACGACCCCCCCCCCGAUGGCGUCCCCGCGCUGCCCCCUCUGCUGCAUCGGCUACGGCUCCAUCCUCUCGAGCCUGACGACGCUGCUCUUCACGAGCUUCCUAACCGCGAUUGCGAUUCGCGGGGAAGGGCGGGUGCGGUACACCCUCAACGGGGCCGCCCGCCAGGCGCUGUGGAUGGCCCUCCCAGGGAGCCUUGUGGGGGCGACCCUGCAUUUUUUCCUUGCGGAGGCGAUGUGGAGCGGGCGACGAGGGAGCUGGGGCGCGGCCUGGGCGAAGGCCAUCGCCGUCAACAGCGUUCUUUGGGCCGCCGUGGUGGGGGGUGGGACGUUCGUCUGGCGGCGUCUGCUCCCCACCACCGCGGCCGGGCGUCGGCUUUACCAUCGCUACCCCAUCCCCGCGGAGGGGUUGGAGCUGCGGAUGCUCCGCGGCGGUCGUGGCGGGCGCGCCUUGCUGGCCGGGAUGGGGUGGUCCUACUGGGCGUGCGGGAUCGGCUUUGGUCAGCUCGGGCUCGCCACGGUGGUCGUCUUCUGCGUCGCGACCGACCGGCCGUUCUUGAUGAUGGCCCCGCAUGGCGGGUACGCGCGGUACUGCAUGCCCCCAUGGCGGCGGGAGCAGUUCGCCCUCAUGGCAAACACCCCGAGCAACUCGAGCUGA